CUUCUACCAGCAGCUAGCUAUGGUAGUAUAAAUACUAAUACCACAGCCAAACCCUACUGUACCCAACCCACUCAACUCACGCAUCUCUCUCUCUCUCUCCUUUCUAAUUCAAAAACAUCCAUCUCAUGGCUCUCUUCUUCUUCUUCUUCUUCUGCUCUCUCUUUCCUCUCUCCCUCUCCUCCACCACCGCCGCCAAUCUCUCUAUCUCUUUCCCUCUGUUCACUCCACACUCUCGCCCAAGCACUACUAACCCUCUCCAUGACUCUCUCAUUUCCAGUAAAUCAGUGGUACAACCCAAAGGCACCCCUUCCUACAACUACAAGCUUCCUUUCAAAUAUUCCAUGGCUCCCAUCGUCUCCCUCCCCAUAGGCACACCUCCCCAGACGCAGCAGAUGGUUCUCGACACCGGAAGCCAGCUGUCCUGGAUUCAGUGCCACAAGAAGGUCCUGCGCAAGGCCCCGCCUCCGGCCUCCAUAUUCGACCCUUCCCUCUCCUCCACCUUCUCCGUCCUCCCUUGCAACCACCCUAUCUGCAAACCGCGAGUUCCCGACUUUACCCUCCCCACCACCUGCGACCAGAACCGCCUCUGCCACUACUCGUACUUCUACGCCGACGGCACGCUCGCCGAGGGAAAUCUCGUCAGAGAAAAGUUCACCUUCUCCAGGGCCACCAGCACCCCUCCCCUGACUCUGGGUUGCGCCCAGGACACCAGUGACACCAAGGGCAUUUUGGGCAUGAAUCUCGGACGCUUGUCGUUUCCUUCCCAAGCCAAAAUCACAAAGUUCUCCUACUGCAUACCCACCCGCCCGGCUCAAACCGGGUCCCCUUCGCCGACCGGGACUUUUUACCUCGGUAAUAAUCCCAACUCGGCAACUUUUCGGUAUGUUGACCUUUUGACUUUCGGUCAAAGUCAACGCAUGCCUAAUUUGGACCCCCUGGCCUACACGGUCGUGAUGCUUGGGGUGAGGAUAGGCGGCAACAAGUUGAGCAUUUUACCUUCGGUGUUCCGGCCCGACGCGAGCGGGGCGGGUCAGACCAUGAUCGACUCCGGAUGUGAGUUGACUUAUUUCGUGGAUGAGGCCUACAACAAAGUGAAGGAAGAGAUCGUUAAAUUGGUGGGGCCAAAAUUAAAGAAGGGGUACGUGUAUGCGAACGUCGCCGACAUGUGUUUUGACAGUAAUAUCGGACCGUUGAUAGGGGACAUGGUGUUGGAGUUUGAUAAAGGGGUGGAGAUUGUGAUAGCUAAAGAGCACAUUUUACACAAUGUGGAGGGCAAAGUGUGGUGUGUGGCGAUCGGCCGGUCCGACAUGAUCGGCGCGGCCAGUAACAUAAUCGGCAACGUUCAUCAGCAGAAUCAGUGGGUGGAGUUUGAUCUGGCAAAUCGAAGAGUAGGGUUUGGUAAGGCGGAUUGUAGCAUACCGGUGUGAUAGUAUGAAGAAGCAAGAGUCAAUAUCAUGCGCGUUGGUGGACAAACACGAAGGUCAUUUUCGCGAUGAUGUGAUACAAGAGACGUAUAGAGGAGGCGAACUAGCUACUUGCCGUGUAAUAAGUAGUGAUAUUAAUGCUUGGACUAUUCCGAGAAAACAACAAGCUAGAUUGAAACUAAUGUAAAUAGAAAGGAUGUGGGAUAUAUUUCUAAAUUUUCGUUUUUCUUUUCU